AUGAGAGAGAGAGAUGAAAAAAAAAGGGAAGUCAACUGGUUAUUUCAGCUUAAAAGUACAAAUGCAGGAAGAGAAACCAACAAGAUGGUCACAUGCAGAAAGUCGUCUAUUUUCUACACCCUAAUUUGCUUUUGCCAAAUUUUAGGUACAGAAUGUGACUAUACUGGCUCAGCGAACCAUUCAUUAUCUCUUAAGACUGAAGGAUCUGUCACUAUCCCAUGUCAUUAUGAGAUGAAAUACACACAGCGGAGGAAAUACUGGUUCUCAGAUAUUGAUCGAUCUUGUACUUACACAAACACAACAAUGAGAAAUCUGUCAGUAAUUGAUUAUCCUGAUCAGAGUCUCUUUACUGUGACUAUGAGAGAUCUGAAUGGGACACAUUCUGGACCUUAUCAUUGUGCUGUAGAGACUGAUGGACAACCAGCAAUAUUUUUCCUUUCUUAUUAUCUCGAUAUAAAACCUGUUCCUGAUCUCUCUGUGGUGAGCAGCAGUAUAACUGGACAGGAAGGUGGUAAUAUCAGUGUCCAGUGUCUCUACAGUUCUGGAAAUAAGAGUAAAGACAAACAGUGGUGCAGAUAUAAAGAUCAGAUCUGUUACACAUCCCAGAAUUCAUCAGUCCAGAUCAGUGAUGAUGGGAGAGAAUCCUUCAGUGUGGUGAUGACUGGACUGACAGAGAGUGAUUCUGGCUGGUACUGGUGUUCUGUAGGAGAUCGACAGGUUCCUGUUAAACUUACUGUUACUGCAGUCACCCACUCUGAGAAUGCCACAGAUAGAACAGGAAAUUCAGAGAAUAAUAAUAUACCAACAGGCACUGAAGAGUGGAAUAAUACAAUGCUGUCUAUGUGGCUUCCAGCUUCAGCAGCAGUUUUGCUGUUAAUGGCUCUGAUCUGUGUUUUUAUCUGGAGAUGGAGAAAAAGAUUCAAUAAAGAAGAACGUAAAAACCAAAACAGAGAGAGGAACAGCGCCAUGACUACUGAAACAGCCUUUAUCCCGAAAGAUUCAGUGGUAUACAGCACUAUAAAUGAUGACAAUCCAAAUACUCCUUCACUGAAUCCCAACACAGAGAUGACUUACAGUACUAUUACAGAUGCACCAGGGUGUAAAGCAGCCUUUAUCCCGAAAGAUUCAGUGGUAUACAGCACUAUAAAUGAUGACAAUCCAAAUGCUCCUUCACUGAAUCCCAACACAGAGAUGACUUACAGUACUAUUACAGAUGCACCAGGGUGUAAAGCACAGUCUCCAACAGGUGGCACAUUCUACAGCAAUAUCGCACCACAUUGACCAACAGCCAGAAUUAAAACAGGAACAGCCUUAAGGAAGUGACUCA